GAUGUUACCGUAUCACCUCGUGGGCGUUGAGGAAAGUUGUAACGCAGUUCCUAUUCGCAGGGCACCGGCCAAUCAGCGUCUAACUAACAACUUUUACACAGGACUACUUGAACUGGCUGCCAAAGUUUCUAUGAGAAACAUCACUGGCCCUUUAAGAAAGAGAAAACAGCCAUUUUAACAUACCGUAUUUUUUUAUUAGUCAAACUUUUCAUCUUCCUUGCAAAGGAAAGACGAGACACGAGGAUGUAUACUACAGGACUAAACCCGUUUUAUGCUUCUAAUUUCAGUCUAUGGUCUGCGUAUUGUUCCAGCGGCUUUGCCUUGGAUUCAGUGAAGAAACCAUCGUUUUGCAUCUCUGAUAUAUUGCAUGUUGGGGAUUCUGAAAACCUCCCUGGAUCUUCAGCACUCUUAGCUCAUUUGGGACCCCAUCAUCAGCUCCAGCCUUCAGGAUCACCUCUGCGCCCGUCUCCGGUGGCACCAGAGUCUUCUGUUUUUAGUUCAAGGAUGUCCCCAGCCUCUCCUUACCACAGACACCCUGGACUUCAUGGAGCACGCUCCACAUCUAUGGUGCAGUUAAACGGUUCUUCACCACAAGCUCCAGCUCCUUCUAGCAAAGAUCUGAAAUUUGGCAUUGAUCGCAUUUUAUCUGCGGAAUUUGAUCCAAAAGUUAAAGAAUGCACAACUCUAAGAGAUCUUACAUCCAUUAGCUCACAUCGUCAGUCAGGGCUUCAUCUGUCCAUACAGCCUUCAGCAAGCCAAUUCUUCGCGUCGUUAGAGCCUGGAAUCGGCGAACCUUCCUCCAUCAUGAACCAUUUAGGCAAUGGAGCAAGAUAUUCAGCUCAACACCAGUUUCAAGACACGUUCCCAGGUCCGUAUGCGGUUCUUACUAAAGACACAAUGCCUCAGGCAUACAAAAGGAAACGGUCGUGGUCCAGGGCUGUCUUCUCCAACCUCCAGAGAAAAGGAUUAGAGAAAAGAUUUGAAAUCCAGAAGUAUGUCACCAAGCCAGACAGAAAACAACUAGCAGCGAUGCUGGGCCUAACAGACGCUCAAGUUAAAGUGUGGUUUCAGAACAGGAGAAUGAAGUGGAGGCAUUCCAAGGAAGCUCAGGCUCAAAAAGAGAAGGAAACUCCUGAGGAGCCUGAGAAGUCCCCAGUCUGUGCCGUCUUGGAGGAAGAACAGAAGCAGAACGGGUCUGAGUGCGAGAGUGGAGGGAGCGACUCCGAGUUAGAGGACAUGCAUGACAAAGGUGACAUUGAAGUCACAGAAGACAACAAGACAAGUGUUAUCAAGUCUCCUUCGAGUACUGAUGAGGCAACACAGAGCACAGAGGCCAGUACAGAGACGACGGCACUACUCUCAUCGCAAAUUGUAUUAUAAGUGCACCUUUUUAAAGACACUUUAUAUAUAUAUAUAUAUAUAUAUAUAUAUAUAUAUAUAUAUAUAUAUAUAUAUAUAUAUAUAUAUAACAAGAAUAAUUUAAUAUAAAUAUAUUGACAUGUACAGUCAUAUUAAAUAAUAAUAAAAACACACUGCCUUAGACUUUAAAAUGAAAGUUUGUUUAAAGGCAACCAGGAAAUGCCUUUUUGAGAAGUAAGACAUUUUUAAAGAAGAAAUGGACAUGUCAUUGCAAUUAAUCUUUAGUCAUAUAAUUGUUGGUAAAAUAUAAAUUGGAUUCAAACCAAGGACAAAAUAUCCUAAAAUUACUGGUCACCUAUUGCUGAAAAUGUGGUCUUUUACAGAACAUCCAAUAUUUAAUAACUUUUGCUUAGAGCGUAUUAUAUUUUGUCAAGAAAUUUUGCACUGAAAAUAAUGUAAAUAAAUGGGUUCUUAUUGUUUUUAAA